AUGUGCGGCACAGACAGCCCUGCUUCCAUUAACAAAAGCUCUUUGCCCUCUGCCAACGGCAAUGACACUCGAAGCCCUACUUGCUCAGCUGACCAUGUCCUCAAUCUUGAACAGGGUGACCCAGCAGUGUUCGAAUCAUACUGGAGAAAGAUGGGGGACAGGUGUACGAUGGUGAUCUCUGGGAGCCAAUUGAUGAGCUAUAUCAGCGAUUUCACCAACAUUUGCUGGUUUAUGGAGCCAGAAUUUGAGGAGGCAGUUAGGAGGCUUCAUCGUGUGGUUGGAAAUGCAGUGGUGGAUGAUCGGUAUAUUGUAGUUGGGACAGGCUCCACCCAGCUCUAUCAGGCUGCGCUGUAUGCUCUCACUUCCCCUGGUGGGCCCGAGCCCGUCAGCGUUGUGUCUGCUGCACCUUACUACUCAUCAUAUCCGGACGAGACAGACUACCUUUGUUCAAGGCUAUACAAAUGGGCAGGGGAUGCUUAUGAGUUUGAUAAGAAUGGAACUGGACCUUACAUUGAGGUUGUCAACUCCCCAAACAACCCCGACGGCACCCUCCGGGAGGCCGUCGUGAAAAACAGAGGUGAUGAAGGGAAGCUCAUUCAUGACCUUGCCUACUACUGGCCACAGUACACACCCAUUAUUCGUCCGGCUGAUCAUGACAUUAUGACCUUCACAUUUUCCAAAAGCACAGGCCAUGCUGGCUCACGCAUUGGAUGGGCUGUUGUUAAGGACAAAGAGAUUGCUAGAAAGAUGUCUAAAUUCAUAGAGAUGUGUACACUUGGCGUGUCCAAAGAUUCCCAGCAACGAGCUGCAAAGAUAAUGGGGGUGCUUUGUGAUGGCUAUCAGAAUUGCAAGUCUGCUAACAAAUCUGAUGAUCUCUUCUUUGAGCACACCCGCCAAAUCAUGGCUGAGAGAUGGGAGAGGCUGAGGCAAGUGGUUGAGCGCAAUCAAGUUUUCUGUCUGCCCAAUUACCCCAAACAGUAUUGCCUCUUCUCUGGAGAGUUGAUUGAACCAUAUCCUGGAUUUGCAUGGUUGGAGGCAAAGGAGGAGGAGAUAGACUCACAGAAGGUUUUACGAGGAAGCAUAAAGGUACAGGGAAGAACAGGGAGGCGGUUUGGGGUUGCUGAGAAGUAUGUUAGGAUCAGCUUGCUGAGCAACGAAGAAGUGUUUAAGGAGUUCUUGGAGAGAUUAUCAACUAUUAAAUCCAUGACCAGCAAUGGCCAUUAAAUU